AUCACAUUAAAUGGAGGAAUUGUUUUGGAAGAGACUGUGGACCUGUCGUCUUGACAGAUUACUGAUGAUGAUUCUGUUUCGUUUUCAUAAUUGCAAAAUAGAUAUAAUCAUAUAGUAGGAUUAUAGAUAAAUGCAUAAUUGGAAUGUAUCUGGAAGGAAGUGUCCAUGGCCUAAUCGAGAUAAUACUUCAGCAUUUUCCUGGCCGAACUGAGGAAAACCACAAGGAAAACCUCAAACAGGAUAGCUGGUAUCCUGACCAAGAUUUGACCCAAGCAUCUCCGGUUAAAAAUCUAGGAUAUUACCACUACAGCAUCUUGCCUGGUGAUGUUUUUCAGUUUUUCUUAGUUCCUCCAGGCACAUACUGUAAUAGUACUUCAGAGAAGCCAACACCUGCUUUCUUCCACAUUCUUCCCAAUUUUAUGUACUCAGUCCAUGCCUAUAACUACUGGUUACAUCUGUUUUGUAUAUUCAGUAUUUUACAUUCUGGAUGUUUCCUUCUCAUCAGUGUUACUUGUAGGUCUAAUCCAUUUUAGAAUAUUAGCGGAAUACCCAUUUAAAAUUCAACGGGAGAAUUUGACAGUUUCCAUCUAUAGAUGUGGUAUUAAUAGAAAACCCUUCCAUUGAUCCACUAUCUACAUUAUGGCCCUUAAGGGACACUUUAAAGUCACGAUUUCGUUGGAUAUAUGUGCCAUGAACCUGUUUUUUUUUUGGCAAAAGUCAGCACUGUAAUAGUGACUAAACAUUGCCAUUUAUUGCUUCCAUCUCUUGGUUCUGUCAUAACAGAUUAAUUUUGCAUUUUGUUUCCAUGAAAGCAGCAAAUCAACAAACAUUACUAUUUAUAGACUAAUUAUUUUUCAAUAUUUUCUUUAAAUCUGAUUAGAAGUAGUAAAGAAGUAAAUGGCAUGAACUAGAAGAACUGAUCCUGGUAGACUUUAUUCAUAUGGAGUGAAGUUUAGUGCAGUUUUGCCAUGAUUUCUCAAGAGUAAUCAAAGGUGUGUGUUAUUUGUUUCAUUUCACUGCCUGUCAUUUAUAGUGAUAAAUAUGCAAUUCAGUUAACUUUAAUACUGGAACUAUUCCUCCACAUACAUACAUACAUCUGCGUUUCAGGAUAUUCAUAAAUGCAAUCUGCACUGAAUAUGAAACAUGUCACAAGCUUUACAAACAACAAUACCUCUUUACAAUUCCAACAUGCCAUAUCACAAUAACAAACAAACAUAAAUGCAAACAACGUGCAUCUAAAUAAAUACAUAAAAUACAGAUUAUAUUUACACUUAAUGUCUAUAUUGAUGCCUACUGUGGGGCAUCCAUCAGUCAGCAUGCACUCCCCUUCUAUUCCUUAGCUGUUGAUCCUGACAGAAGAGCAAAAGUUCAUCAACAGUAUAUGACGGAUUGUGUAAUAGGACAUCCCUUAUUUCUUUUAUAAACUUUUUUAUUAUGUACUAAAUCAGUUAAAUAAUCUGGCAGACUGUUAAAUAUUUUUAUACUCAUGCAAUGGACCCUCUUCUGUCUCAUUGUGAGAUGUGAUUGUAGGGCAUGUAAAUUUCUUUCGUGUCUUGUCGGUUGCUCAUAAAUUGAAUAAUUAAAAGUAAAAUACUCCAAAUUAUUUAUUAUAAAAGUCAUCAAAGAUAAAGUAUAUUGAGAGACCAGUGUUAAUAUAUUUAACAUGUUUCCAUGCUGUGAUACUUAAUUAAUUACUCACAGCUCAACAACAACAACAACUGUAUGUUUACUUUAUCAUUCAUUUUGUGUAUUUACAAACAUUUCUGUUUUAUAUUAGACAAAUAAUUUGUUUUUUAAUCUUCACUAGAAAUAAAAAGAAAAUAUAUAGAAUUCAGUUAAUGUAAACUUUGUGGAAUUCAGGGGCUAUGGGUUUUUACUCCACAUGUGUUCAACACUGAAAGACUCCAUUCCAUUAUUCAGUUUAUCUUGUUUGUUUUAAGAGGCAAGAGUCUCAGGAUGGGAUCUGUUUACCUUUGCCCAAUAUUGUUAGGCUUACUUGCAUACAGAGUAAGCCCAAGGGAAUAUCAACAGAAAUGCCUGAUAAGCUUUCCCUAAAAUAUACUUAGUUCUUAUCAUCCCCACCAUAUACCUGAGUUGAAGGGUAUACCUGUAUAAUGUGUGGUUUGUUUUCAAUAGGGAGAUUGAUCUACUGAAUCUAAGGAUGGUUGGUGUUUGAUGCCUGGCAGAAGAAGGGAUAUUGCUCAACACCAUUAAAUCUUAAUUGGCUGUAGGGUCCACCAGCCUCCCAUUGCCCAACAGGUACCGAAAGCUGUAUUCUCUGUGACAAAACAUAAGGAAGAUUGCUGGCUGUCAUACAAAGGGAAACAAAAAUGCGUGCCCAUAUUGACCUGUCUCUGGAUGGAGUGUACCGUGCCGUAGUCAGAGGUCUGCAAUUUGGGCUGGGAACUGCACUCAUAUUCUGGCUGCUGGACAUUGUAUUUUGCCUUUCCUUAUUCAGCUUCUGCCCUGCUUUUGUGCUUGGAACUCUUCUGGGAGCUGCAUACAUAUUCUAUCAGGACACUCUUAAGAUUUCUUUGGAAGGGAAAGGGGUGCUUGUGACUGGCUGUGACACUGGUUUUGGACAUUCCCUCGCUUUUCAACUUGCUGAUCUGGGUGCAGUGGUGUUUGCAGGAUGCCUGACAUCACAGGGAGGUGGUGCAGAAAAACUGAAGAGUUACAGGAACAUUCAUGUUCUACAGCUGGACAUAACUUCAGAUGAGGAAGUGACAGCAGCACUUAAUUAUGUUUCUCAGAACCUUCCUGCUCAAGGUCUAUGGGGAAUAGUGAACAAUGCUGGUUGGAGUACAUUUGGUCAUGUGGAAUGGGUACCAAUCUCUCUCUGUUGCAGGAGCUUAGAAGUUAACAUUUGGGGUAUGAUGAGGAUCAUCCGAACUUUCCUACCUCUAAUCAGGCAGUCAAAAGGAAGGAUCGUGAACAUGUCUAGUGGCAUGGGGCGUCGCUGUGCUCCGAGCAGGGCAAGCUACUGUAUCACGAAGUAUGGGGUGGAGGCACUGUCAGACUGCUUGCGCUUUGAGAUGAGGCAAUGGGAUGUCAAUGUCAUCAUUGUUGAGCCUGGAAAUUUCAUUAAUGCUACAGGUAUAUUUACUCCGAGCUCAGUCCGCAGGGAUGCUGAAGCCCUCUGGAAGCAGAUACCUGAAUCAGUCCAGGUGGCCUACACAAAGGAAUACUUUGAUGGUUUCACUAAUAACAUGAUCAAGUACUCAACAUCUGGGUCAACAGACAAGCAGCCUGUGCUGGACGCCUUGAUUAAUGCUCUUGUGCAUCAGUACCCGCAUCCCCGCUACCAGCCCAUGGAGCUGUACUUCAAAUUGUCUGUCUGGGUUAACACUCAUCUGCCAGAAUGGGUGUUUGAAACCCUAUUCACAUAAGAAUCUACAUGGAUUACCCAUUUUGUUCUUGUACAUGGAAUCUCCUUAAUUGUCUUUCGUAAUGCAGUCAGAUGUAGAUUUUAGGGUAAGUGAUCCACAACAUAGUGACAAGUAUUGUACCUGUGACCUGUACUGAGGGCACAGAAUAAAGAACCCAGGAUUGAA